AUGGACAAGUCCGAAGACAAUCAUGUCAGCUUGGACUCAGAAGACUUCAAAGAGCUCCCUGAGACCUACGAGAAAUAUCGCUUGUUGGGGCUCAAGGAGAAAGAGCCACCGGUCAUGAACGAUGAAAUAGUGGAAUAUAAGGAUACGAACUUGUUUCAAGAAUUCCCCAAAGAAAAUGUUCACAUGUCUCCAAGAGAUCCAGAUGAAAGUGAAAGGGAAAGCGCAACGUGUCUUGAGCUCUUUCCUGCUGAACAUGGCGACAAGGAUGAGGCCCCCAUGCAGCGCACAGACUUGCAGGAUGCAAACCCCGAGCAGUUCGUGGGCCAUGGCGUCUCACGCGAGAGCGAGAACAAGGAGGAGGCGCAGGAGCAUCAGACCAAACAUCGUCAACGACGAGCGCAACCCCGGGAUCGGGGCAGACAUGAGCAGGUGGACGAGGAGUCGAGGGUUGGAGUCUCCGCCCACCUGGUGAAAUGCGAGGCCUGUGCAGAGCUGAGCUACGUGCGAACCAUCAUCGAUCAGAUCACCGAGAGCUUGAGGAGCGGACAACUGCAGGAUGUGGAGAAGAAUCUCAGCCCUCAGACUCGAAACAAGACCGCCAAGAAGCUGCAGGAGUUGAGCUCCUUGGUGCUGCAGGCAACUGGGGGUUUGUCUUAUCAAAGCUCUCCCUUGCAGAGGGCUCAUCAGGACAUCCUAGAGCAGUACUCAGCACUGGAGCGAGAAAGCGAACAUCUGCGGGACGAGCUGAGCUUUUCUAAGAAGGAGAGGCAGUACCUCUCCUCCGAAGUCUCCCGGUUGACCUCGAGGAUGCAGACGCUCGAGUCAAGCAUCAUGCGCUUGCAGAUGGAAUGCUCUCAGAAGGAGGAGGCACUGCGGAACCUGAGCGGAAACGAUCUCUCCAAUGACGGCAGACUCUCUCAUCCCCUCAAGUCCUCAGUCUCCCCCUCUGUGAGCCCCUCCAUUCCCAGAUUUAACGAUAGCUGCGACUCUGCUCGGAAACAGCUCGACAAGCCGGCUUUCGGGCUGCAUGUUGAAGAGUCAGCGCCCAACUUCGGACUGUCACCGCAAUCUCACGUGACCCCUAGACAUUCUUCGACAUCGCCCUAUGCAGAUGCCCUUACUUCGAGAAAGGACCCGCCGUUCUCUCCUGACAGCGAAGCAAAGAGGAAAGAGAAGAUCAAUUACGCCAUGCUCUGCUGA